AUGAAACAGUAUUACAGGUAUGCAGAUUGUAGCCACAUGCAGUUAUCUUCAGUUCCUCAGGAUCUUCCUAAUGAUACUGAAGAUCUUGUUCUAGAUUUUAAUCACCUUGUGAGUCUGGAUGAACAUUCAGUUUUUAAGUACCAUGACCUGAAAAGCCUAAAUCUGCAAUCCAAUGGUUUGAAAUUUGUGAAUCCAUAUGCUUUUCAGAACACAGUGCAUCUUGAGUCACUAUCAUUACAAGAUAAUAGUAUACAUACCAAAUAUGACUUGCUCUCAGCAGCCUUGAAGUUUACUCCAUUUCUUAAGAAAUUGGACCUGUCACAAAAUAAUCUCAAUGAGGAUAUGUUGAUCCUAAUUCUAAGGAAUCUUACAUCCCUGGAGAGCCUUUACCUUGACAAUAAUAUUAUUAUGCGGUUGGACAGUUCAAUCUUUGAAGGUCUCAGUCAGCUGAAAGAGCUAAGCUUGCAAAGGAACUACAUUUAUGAGAUUGAAGGUGGUACAUUUGAAGGUCUGAUGAAGCUGAGGAAUCUAAAUUUAGCCUACAAUCAUUUGCCAUGUAUUGUAGACUUUGGUCUCACACAGCUCCAAUCACUCAAUCUCAGCUUUAACAACAUUGAAUGGUUCCAGGCUCAAGAAAUUGAUGUAGAGUUCCACCUGGAGCGACUUGACAUCUCUCACAACCAGCUGCUGUUUUUUCCACUCUUGCCUAGACGCAAUCAACUACAUUUGCUGCUACUCUCUGAUAAUGAAAUGAGGUUCUAUGCCAAAUUGUCAGAUGCCAACUCUUCACUUGUAAGCUUUUUAGUUAUUGAAAACAAUAGUAUUAAUAUCACUACUGUUAACUUGUGGGACGAAGUCAUUCUCAGUAAUUUUUCCACUUUACAUUACCUUGACAUGAGUAGGAACCAAUUCCAUAAUCUACCAGAAGGUUUUUUAGCUAAAAUGUCUUCCUUGGCAUACCUAAAACUUAACUGGAACUGUCUAGAAACAUUUAGCCUUACUCAAAAAGAUAUCCCAAGUGAUAUAAUUGAGCUGGACCUCAGUAAUAACAAACUGUCCACUCUACAAGUGGAUAACACUUCCCAGAGCUACUUGGGUCUAAAGUACUUUAAUCUCAGCAAUAACAUUUUGCAGAAACUCCCCAGGCACAUCUUCCACAACAUGAAUGGCUUAAACAGUCUUGAUCUCAGCUACAACAAGAUAAAUUUGUGUUCUUAUUCACAUAGUGUUGCAGAUAUUGGUGAAAGCAACUGUGUGGAUAUCAGGAAUCUGUCAUCUCUCAGAUAUCUUCACCUUUCUGGAUGUGGAAUAGAACUGGAUACUGGCAGAGCAUUUCAUGGUACAGCAAUAACAUAUCUGGAUCUUUCUUAUAACCAUCUGAGGGACAUCUACUUUUUGCUGGACAUAGCUACUACUUUACAAUUUCUUUAUCUCAGAAACAGUCUACCAUAUAAUGUCAGUGUUGAUUUUUCUGCAUUUGGAAAUUUGAUAUACCUGGACAUUUCAGAAAAUGUACUCACUACAUUUCCUACAUCUUUGUUGGAAUUAGCUCUUCAUUUCUUGGAUCUCCGGAAAAAUAGCUUGACGUCACUUCCCCUGGAUAGUUCUUACCAACAGCUCCUACAAAACAUUAAAACUAUAUACCUCAGUGACAACCCAUUUGACUGCUGUGAACUGAGUUGGUGGGUUAUUCUUAGUAAAAUCACUCAAAUUCGUGUACCUGAUAUUCAAGAGGUGAACUGUCAAUUCUCCCACAGUUAUAUGCCAGUGAAUGACAUUCCAGAGUCUGUUGUUCAGAGCUGCCGAUGGAAAACUGGUGGCAACUUGCUCUACUUGUUGCUUGUAUUCCCAAUGUGUUUGACUCUACUAAUAGCUCUUAUUUUGCUGUUUCUAUUGUUUCGGCAAACAUUUUUACAAUCACUUAAAAGAUGUUACAGAACAUCCAGCUACUGAACCUUAACGUGAAUGGAACAACUGUUAUUCAUCCAGGGCUUUAUCAUCUAUAUGCACCCAGACUAAUAUUAUUUUUACAUAAAUAAAUCUAAUUCUGUAAGUUAAAA